AUGAGGGCAACUCGCCGACAGUACCUACUCCUGCUGUUUUUAACUUUUACCGUUUCCUGCGCUGAGGAAACGCCUCCAGCGGAAGAGCAGGAAAAACCAUCUGAGGAAGUGUCACCAAAGGCAUUGUCCCGGGCGAAACGUCAAUGCUGUUACCAAAUGCAGACGAGCUGCUGCCCUCAGCAGCAACAACCGCAAUGCAAUUGCGUAGCGCUUCAAAUAAAGGUUCAACAGUGCGACUGCGCAAAUACGCUGCAAACGCAGUGCGGUUGCCAAGCCCCACCGAACCCGUCUUGCAACUGCGGUCAACUUCAACAACAGUACACCAGCUGCGGUUGCGGUCCGCUUUCAUACCAGGUGUCAUGUAGCCAAUGUCAGCCUCAGUCUGCUCAAAUGUGUACACCGGCAUGCAUGCCAGCAUGUCAGCCCAGUUGCACCCAGCAACAGCCACAGAUCGUCGUUCUCCAGCAACCUCAGCAGCAGCAGCAGUGUGCUCCUGCUUGCAUGCCUGCCUGCCAACCGCAGUGCAUUCAACAGGCUUGCACUCCUGCUUGCCAACCUAUGUGUACGCCGCAGUGCACACAGCAGCAGCAGCCUCAAAUCAUAGUUGUCCAACAACCGCCUCAACAACAGUGCGCUCCCGCCUGUAUGCCGACCUGUCAGCCCCAGUGUAUCCAGCAGGCCUGUGCUCCAGCUUGCCAGCCGAUGUGUGCUCCCCAAUGCACCGAACAACAACAACAGCAGAUCAUCGUCGUCCAGCAACCGGCCCAGCAGCAGCAAUGCUCAUCAUCAUGUAUGCCAGCAUGCUUGCCGCAGUGCGUACAAGCUUCCUGUGGUAGCAACUGCAACCAGCAACCCCAACAAGUCAUUGUCGUCCAGCAGCAGCCUUCUCAACCCCAAUGUGCACCAGCGUGCAUGCCAGCUUGUCAACCGGCAUGCAUUGAACAGCAGCAGCAACAGAUCAUCGUCGUCCAGCAGCCACCUCAGCAGCAAUGCGUGCAGUCGUGUAUGCCGUCAUGCCAGCCCUCGUGUGUACAGCAAGCCUGUGCACCAGCUUGUCAACCAAUGUGCACACCUCAGUGCGUCGAUCAGCAACAGCAGCAGAUUGUGGUUGUGCAGCAACCUCAAUCUCAGUCCCAGUCGUCCUGUGCGCCAGUCUGCCAGCCAAGCUGUACCCGCCAGUGUGUCCAACAACAGCAAAUCUGUUCAGCAGCAUGCGAGCCCAGCUGCCAGAGUUCGUGCAGUUCUAAUGCACAGUGUGUUCAAGCCUGUCUUCCUAGCUGCGAAUCCUCAUGUGUGCAGCAGUCCAACCCCGUUGUUGUCGUGCAACAAGCUCAACAAGCCCCUAACAACUGUCCAGCUCCAUGUCAGCCAUCGUGCACUCCACAGUGCGUUCAGCAGCAGCAGGUCUGUGUCGCUGCGUGCCAACCGUCCUGCCAAAGCUCAUGCGGUGGCAACAGUCAGUGCGUGCAGGCCUGCAUGCCCAGCUGCCAAGCGUCAUGCACCCAACAGUCACAGCCACAGCAAGUAGUCGUUCUCCAGCAGCAACCUCAGCAGUGCGCCCAAGCAUGCCAGCCAGCCUGUCAACCACAGUGUCAGCAACAGCAACAAAUAUGUGUCCAAGCAUGCCUACCAAGCUGUCAAAGCUCCUGCAGUGGCAACAUACAGUGCUCUUCGACGUGUCAGAGUAGUUGCGAACAGUCCUGUGCGACUCAGCAAGUAGUCGUCGUUCAAGCACAACCGAUCUGUGGUCAGGCAUGCCAGGCUCAACCAGCAAUGCAAUGCGCCCCUCAGUGUCAGCCUUCGUGUCAACCCUCCUGCGUGAGCCAGGCAAGCUACGCUCAACCGCCAGCCAUAAUGAUGUGUCCGCAACCGGCAGGACAAUGUGCCUGUAGUUCUGGAUACUCACAGUGCAUGCAGGGAGUAUGCUGUCUUCGAAAACGACAUCGUUUAGCAAAGAAUAAACUCGCCUAG